GACAAACUCGAGUUUGAAACAUCGAAAGUGCAUCAAAUCAAGGCCAUGAACUCCCCAUAACCAUCGCACUGCGCGAGGCCCCAAGUAUACAAUACAUUAACCCCUGCCUACCUGCCCCUCAGCACCCAACGCACGUUCAAUCGCACGCAAUAGCCUCGGUACAUCACCACCUCAUCCUACCAAACCUCACCAAUACAUCGCCAACAACCACAACCAAACCACAAUGGCAUCAUCAGAAACAACCCCUCUCCUCCAGCAAGACACCCCAACCCCCCAGAUUAUCCCAGAUGAAGAAGCCACCGACGCGCGCCGCGGCACAUUUUCCCGCAACCUAGGCGCAAUCGACGGCUUCGCCCUGCUAAUCAGCAUCGUAAUCGGCUCCGGCAUCUUCUCGUCGCCGGGCCCCGUCGACGCAAAUGUGCCCUCUCCCGGCGCCGCGCUGCUCAUCUGGCUUCUGGGCGGCGUGCUGGCGUGGACGGGUGCGCUCACUAUGGCCGAGCUAGGCACUGCGUUUCCCGGCGAAGGCGGCAUCCAACCUUACCUCUCCCACAUCUAUGGGGAGGUGUUUGGGUACAUGGCAGCGUGGAGUUGGAUCGUCGCGACGAUGCCGGCUACGCUUGCGAUUUUGAGUAUUGUUUUUGUCGAGUCGAUUUAUAGCAGCUUGGGGGUGAAUGAGGCGUAUCCGCCGUUGACGCAUAAGUUGCUUUCUUUGCUGGUGUUGGUGGUUGUUACGACGUUGAACUCGAUUAGUACCAAGACUAGCACUAGGUUGUCGAGCUUCUUUGUUGCCGUCAAGUUGUUUACGAUCCUGCUGCUUAUUGUUGCUGGGCUUGUUGCUGUGUUUGUGUUCGUUGGGGGUGGGAGGGAUCUUGGAGGCGGGGAUUGGCAUAGUCAUAAUUGGUUUUCGCCGAGGGAUACAGUUUUGCCUGAUGGGUCGCGUUUUGACUGGGCGAAGGUUACUACAUGGGAGUCUCUUGGGUUCUAUAGCACCGCGCUGUACGGGGCCUUGUGGGCAUACUCUGGGUGGGAUAAGGCAAAUUAUGUCGCAGCAGAGCUUCGUAACCCCAGGAAGCAACUUCCCCUCUCAAUCAACACAGCCAUUCCGACGAUCAUCCUCUGCUAUGUCGCCGCCAACGCUGUAUACUACAUUCUCCUACCAUGGAAAGUAGUCUCCACAACAGACGCCGCAGCCGUCACAGCAGUAACCCACUUCCUCGGCAAAGGCGUUGCCUACUUCGCCACCGUCCUAAUCUGCCUGGUAAUCGCCGGUUCCGCACUAGGAAACUCCUUCGUCGCAGGCCGCAUGACCGUAGCAGCCGCGAACAAGAACUGGAUUCCACACGUGCUAGGCACAGUAGGCCAAAUCGGCACUUUGAAGGUGUCCAAAGCGAGCGAUGCAGGUCCAGUAGGAGUAGAUGAAGCCUUGGACAAGGGAGAGUCUCCGAUCAACGCGCUCCUACUUAACACGGUCCUAUCAGCCAUCUACAUCCUCCUGGGUAACAUGCGUAUCCUACUCACUCUCAACGGCCUGGCCGAAUACGCGUUUUUCUUCCUCACUGUGCUCGGCGCUAUUAUUCUGCGCUUCAGGGAGCCAAACUUGAACCGUCCGGUUAAACCCUUUAUCCUCAUCCCUGUUUUGUUUGCUGUUAUUAGCGGAUUUGUGGUAGUCAGAGGCGCGUUCUUUGCUCCGGUGCAGGCGGGUAUUUUGCUUGGUAUAUGGCUGAUCGGCGCGGUGUUUUACUAUGUGAGAUUGUGGGUGUUGGUGAGGGCGGAAAGUGCUCGGCGAAGGGAGUAAGAUGGAUAGAGGUAGGAAGAGUGCCUUUGUGUAUAUGAUCCGAUCUAUGAGCUUUGUAGUUAGACGGGAUUGCGCUCUGAAUAAGGUGGCUAUGGCUGUUAGCAAGGGACCUCACUACAUAUACGCACACAUAUGUCUUAUCUUUGCACAGGGACCCUGAACAGGUCUGUGCAUAUGAAAUUUAGAAGAGAGAUGCAAGAAUUCACAGGGGGAUAGAUACCAAGAACGAUUAACAUUACGAAACUACGGGAGUCUUGUGAUUAGUAGACUAAACUAGACAGUAUACAAGGGUAUAGACAAGGCCAAAAAGAAGAAAAGAAAAGAAUCGAAAAGGAAAAACCCAAUACCACAUCUUUUCCCGCCCGUUGUCCAAUGAAAAACCCCUUUCUGGUCUUCUUCCUUCCAACCUAUU